CUUGCGUCAUUGCGGCUGCGCCGAGUCAGCAAAAGAAGGAGAAAGUCGAGGAAAGGCAAUGAGCAUCUUCGUCCAACGUCUUCUCUCUCUUUUUCGAUAGUUUGCGGGUGCUCAUCGCAAACGUGUAUGUAUAGUUUCUUUUUACAUGCAAAAUUGACCCCUCAAAGAAAUUAAACAUAUAAAAAUGAAGACAUCCUUUUUCACGAUCCUUACAGCUGUGACGACUGUAGCAGCAUUCGCUCCUUUAAGUCCAAAGCAUCAACGCUUAGCAAGGAUUUUCUCUCAAGUCGAUGAGGAGACUAAAUUGGAAAAGUUUUCCAAAGAAGCGCUAGAAGAAGGAGACGAACGCACGGGCCCAAUAGAGAACGCAUUGGAAAGGGAGGUCGUGACGAGUGAUGCAGUCAAUUCUCCACCCGGGAUGUCAACCGCUAUCCCAUUCCUCAAGCGCCCAGAAUUUUUGGACGGUUCGAUGCCAGGCGACGUUGGCUUUGACCCCUUUGGCUUUGUAGAUUCUGAGGCCAGCCUUGUGAGCUUUCGAGAAGCAGAAAUUAAGCACGCCCGGCUUGCCAUGCUUGCUGCUGCUGGUUGGCCGUUGUCUGAGCUCUUUGAUCGCCAAUUUGCAUCCUGGUUGGAUUUGGAUCCGGCCUUGGAUGCAACCGAUCGCGUACCAAGUAUUUUGAACGGUGGACUAGGUAAGAUUUCUCCUGUCUACUGGGGCGCCUGUCUAGGUGCUGCUGCUGCGAUCGAUUUGUACGGACUCCGAAAAAAGCGUAGCGAUCCGGAUUAUUUUCCGGGAAAACUUGGUUUUGACCCGUUGGGAUUGUAUCCGUCUACCACUACUGGAAAACGGCGCAUGGAGCUAGCGGAAAUCAAAAACGGACGGCUCGCUAUGAUCGCCAUCACUGGCUUUGCUUUUCAAGAAUUCGUGCAACAGUACGCCGUCGUGGACCAAACUCCUCUUUUGUUUAAACCCGUUUCGGAUGUUGUUGAAACGUACGGAAGUAUUGGCGGUUAUGGAAUGUAA